UAUUUUAGUUUUUUUCCCUGGUAUACAACAAUUUUUAUAUUUAUAUCGAUUCUUUAUUUAGCCGUAUUUUUAAAUAAAGUCUGGUGCUAAUACAUACCAAAAAUGUCAGGUACAAUUCUGGAGAAUCUUAGCGGACGUAAAUUAGCCAUAUUAGUUGCUAUAUUGCUGUUAAGUCAAGUCUCCUGCUUUCUCUUGGGUGGUCUACUGGCGCCACUACCAGCCGGCCAUCAGGUAAUUCUUGGUAUGGUCUGUAAAGAUACACCGCAGCGUCAAAAUGAUACUACAUUUUGGCUGCAUUUACGAGGUGAGGGAAAAUGUGCAUCCGUUUCACAAGAAGAUAUUGAACAACACGACACAAAGAUGGCAAAUGAGAUAGUAUAUAUCUUCCAAAUGCCUUUGCCGCGUGGAGAAGAAUUUGACUAUUCCCGGUGGCAACAAAAUUUAAUUGGAGUUUUACAGGUAGAUAUUGCAUACGAUUCUGACAUGUCACUGGUAGAGCCGCCUAAAGAUCUUCAAUUAACUAUCGAUACGCGUUUAGCUUAUAGAAACAAGGGUGAUCGUAAAAGUGAUUGGAAACUUUAUGCACAUUCGCUUGAAAAGCGUUACCUUGAUUGCAGUUUGAAGACGGCGAGUCAAGAGGAAUCUCUAUUUUCUUGUGAUAUGGUACCUCUGUUUGAAUUGGGCGAUCUACAUCACGAUUUCUAUUUGCUUAAUUUACGUUUUCCCAUUGACACCGAUAUGAAAAUGAAUCUCAAUUUGGGUCAUAUGCACGAUCUAACACUUACUGUAAUUCAUCAAAAUGGUGGUUUCACAAAAGUGUGGUUAUCUCUUAAAACUAUCCUUUUUCCCUUUUUGGUGGCUAUAAUGGUUUGGUUUUGGCGGCGAGUACAUAUCCUACAACGUUCACCAGCUUUAUUGGAAUAUAUGCUGAUAUAUCUCGGUGCUGCUUUAACAUUUCUUAAUUUUCCACUGGAAUAUCUAUCUUUAUUCAUUGAGAUGCCCUAUAUGCUGCUAUUGAGUGAUAUUCGACAAGGCGUAUUUUAUGCAAUGUUGCUUUCGUUCUGGCUUGUUUUUGCUGGAGAACACAUGCUAAUUCAGGAGUCGCCGUAUAAAUCAACAAUACGUUCCCGCUAUUGGAAACAUUUAUCAGCUGUUGUAGUUGGAUGUUUGUCACUUUUCAUAUUUGAUAUAUGCGAGCGUGGUGUACAGAUGCGAAACCCAUUCUAUUCUAUAUGGACUACGCCUAUGGGUGCCAGAGUGGCAAUGAGUUUUAUUAUUUUGGCUGGAAUAUCGGCUGGCAUUUACUUCCUUUUUCUAUGCUAUAUGGUUUGGAAAGUUUUUAAAAAUAUCGGAGCAAAGCGCACAUCAUUGCCAUCUAUGUCUAAUGCUCGCCGACUACACUAUGAAGGUCUUAUAUAUCGGUUCAAAUUUCUGAUGCUUGCUACACUACUAUGUGCUGGACUAACUGUUGCCGGAUUCAUUAUGGGACAAGUUGCGGAAGGUCAAUGGAAGUGGGACGAAGAUAUGGAAAUACAAUUAACAUCUGCAUUCUUGACUGGUGUCUAUGGUAUGUGGAACAUCUACAUAUUCGCACUACUUAUUCUGUAUGCCCCAAGCCACAAACAAUGGCCAUCCAAUAGCUCUGAUGAAACAACACAAUCAAAUGAAAAUAUUGUUGCUGCAGCCGCAAAUGAAGAAAUUGAAUUUAGCCAUUUACCUUCUGAUUCUAAUCCCAGUGAAAUUUCAUCACUUACUUCAUUUACUAGGAAAGUAGCGUUCGAUUAAAUAUGUAGUUAAGCCAUGAGUAGAAUGCAACUGCAGUAUCGUUUACAAUAGACUGAAAUUGGCAAAAUAUUGGCAAUGCAAAUUGAUAUAAGUUUGUAUAUACCACAAUUGUACUUAAAUACUAUGAAUU